AGUUGAGCCCAUUCUCUAUCCAAAAUGAAUUCAAUGAGGGACUUCUCCAUCUUCUUGUCUACCAGAGAUGAAGAUAUCAAUCAAUGCUCCGUCUUUGAAGGCGCCAGCACGGUCAAUUUGGUUUUCCUGUUGCUUAUAACCUUGGGGAUCUUCAUAAGUUAUUUGCCUCAAUAUCACCGUAUUUACUCCAAAAAAACUUCUGAGGGUCUAUCGGUAAAUUUCUUGCUUUUGGGAUCAUGUUCAUCUAUCUUUACUUUAACAAAUAUCAUCUUAGUUAGUGGUAGAGCUAGGGACUGUUGCCGUACUAGGGCAAUUAAUACGUUUAAUUGUAUUAACUCUCAAUUGAAUUUACUACAAAUUGGAGUUCAAUGUACUUGUGCCAUUUUCAUUCUUAUAUUUGUUUUAGUAUUAACCAAGAAUUCGAUUAAACAAGACAAAACAGAGUAUGCUGAAAUCAUCAAAGUCGGACACUUUGUUUUAAUCCACGGGUUGGCUUCAGUAAUCCAAAUUAUCAUUGCUCUUUCAACAAAUCAUAAAGUUUUAAUAUCCAUUGCAAACGUAAACGGGUUGCUUUCAACUUUAUUAACCGUUAUCAAAUAUGUUCCACAAAUAUUCACAACUUAUAAAUUGAAACACCCUGGAACACUCUCCAUAGGAAUGAUGUGUAUUCAGACACCCGGUGGAUUUAUUUUCACAGCUACCUUGUUCUUCACCAAAGGUUCACAUUGGAGCUCCUGGAUCUCUUAUCUCUUUGCUGCAUUGUUACAAGGAACGUUAUUGUCCUUAUGUAUAUAUUACGAGUAUUUCAGAAACGAAGGUAUUAAUGCAAGCUUGAAUGAACAACGUGAAAUCGGGAGAAUUGUGGAUGAAAACAUUGAAACUGAAAGAUCCAAUGAUCUUGAACGUGAUGCAUCUCGUGAAAAUACUCCAUUAUUAACUUAAAUAAAAGAUUUUAUACUUAUUUAUAAGCUGUAGUUUAAAAUUAGUCACUAUCGUCGAAAAAAGUUGCA